GAAGUAACUUCUGUAGGUACACGUCUAAAUUCGGAAGCCAGUCAUAAUAUAAUUGUCUCGAUUGAGGAUUCGCUGGAAGUUCAAGGUGAAAAGGUAUUAAAGCAAGCAAAUGAGCAGUUGAAAGAUGGAGAGAAAUAUGACGCAAUUUUAUGCGUCGCUGGGGGGUUUGCAUUAGGGAAUGCCUCUUCUGAAGGUUUUAACGUUCAUUUUAGUGUGCAAACUUUAAUCAUGCAUGUAAAUAUUGAUAUAGACCUCUUUUUAUAG